AUGGAACGGCCCAAAUCAGGAAGGCGUCUUGUCCCCCCCGCUUUCCCACCGCCCGCCCCUUUGCUUGUUAAAUACCGCCCGCGCGCCUGCCACCAGCAGUCGCUCUCCGUUGUCGCCACCGACGGCCCCCCGAUGAUUGACCAGGCCCGCCCGCCCCAGCACGACGUCCUCGCCGAGUACCGCAUCGCCCAGCUCCAGUUUGCCUGCGCAAAGCCUGCCCGCGAGCACCUCUUCCACGACGACGAGCAUACAAUCCCGGUGUCAGACUUUGACUACGACGCGCGACGCAUGUCCAGCUCUGCCGCCUCUGCCGCCGAAUCUGACGCUUCCCUUUCGGAGAAACGCUCUGCCACGCCCCACGACUCCCCCGACCCGAAGCGGCGUCGCCCGACCCUCGACAUCGACGCCAACGCCGCCUGGUCCGCCCCAGACGACAAGUCCGCCGCAGACUCCGCCGCAGACCCCGCCCACCGCGUCCAGCUCCCCUCCAUCUUCGACUCCUUCCACGACCCCUUCAACAACCGCGACGCCCUCCGCCGCCCGUCCCUCCCCGCCCUCCCCUCCGACCGCGCCCGCCACGCCUACGGCCCCGCCGCCCAGUCCCCCCGCCAGUCCGCCUCCGGCCUCGCCUCCUAUCAGUUCCCCGCCCAGCCGCAGCACCACCACCAUCACUCUGAUGCGCUCGGCCUCCAACACGACCCCGCCGGUCCGCGUCCCAGCUCCGCCUCCUCCUCCUUUCUCUCCACCCCUUCUACCUUUGGCUCCCCCCUGUCCCCAGAGCCUGGCGCUCAGCCCGGGGCACACGGACUCAAAUACGACGACAGCCUCCGUCACUCGUCGCUAGGCGGGCCUCUUGCCAGCGCGCAGAUGUUCGGCGGGACCACUCGCAUCUCCGGCCAGGACCGCCAGAGGGGCUACUCCAGCGGGGGCUCCCCUGACGGCGUCAAGUCGGAGCAGUGGAACUUUUCCGGCAACGACCUCGUCCUGCCCGCCUCGGGCUCCUCGUACAACGUCCCGGGAUCACCGCAGUCCUCGACCGUCCCGUCCAUCUCGGUCACCGCGUCCCCGUCGCGCUCCCCGCAGCAGGUGCCCCAGUCGUCGUCGCUCGUCGAGCGGCCCCCGCGCAAGCGAGGAAAGCUCCCCAAGCACGUUACAGAUUUCUUAAAGGACUGGCUGCACAGGCACUCGGACCACCCGUAUCCCAGCGAAGAGGAGAAGAAACAGCUGUGCCAUGCCACCGGGCUGAGCAUGAGCCAGGUGUCCAACUGGAUGAUCAACGCCCGCCGCAGAAUUCUCGCCCCCGCACAGCGAGCAGCCUCCAACCCGUCCACCACAAGCCCGUAUCCUGCAUCUCGUCCCAGCACGUCCUCUGCUGCCAUCCUCCAAAAUGGACGGCGCGCCUCCAUGCCCACGGAUAGCCUGCAGCUGUACCACCCUCUCUCGCUGCAGUCCCUGCCCUCGCAUCACUCUGCGCCGGACUAUCUGACCUCGCGGCAUAUGAUGGGCACGCCGCGCGCGUCCAUCUCGGGUGCCUAUGGCAUGGACUACAGCGCGAGCCGGCUGGGGUACGUGCCGGGGCAGGGGUACCUCUCCUCGUCGUCGUCGGUCCCCCUGACGGCGCCGGCUGCCCUGGCAUCGUCGCCGUUGUCACUGCACAGCGCCGGUACCUACCAGCAGCAACAGCAGCAGCAGCAGCAGGCGUUGUAUGCGCAGCAGUCGCACCAUCACUCCCACUCGGGCGCGGGGUAUCUCACGAGCCCUCAAAAUAGCGGCGGGAACGGUGGCGGCGGACGCGAGGGGGCGCGGUACUAUUCGGAUAGCAACUCGCAGAAUGGGUCCGCGCCUGGCUCUGGGUAUCCCACUCCUCAGUGAUCGCCCUCUCUAGACUGUCUCAGUUCUCCUGUCUCUGUCACUCCCCCUCAAUAUUUCUUGACGCGACGUAACGACGAAUCAAAAAAUCCAGAACUGUAUUUCUUGCUCACGGCCCCUUGACGAAAACGAAAGGACGGUCUCCCCUAUACCAUUUCCCCUGCUGUGCCCCCCCUGCCUCCCUGCGCAAGUAACCGUGUAUACUGUACGUGAUGACGGCCCAGGUCGCAGAGUGCUAUGAAUAACGCUGGCUGUACGUCAUGGCAUGUGACUGCCAGGGCGCUCGAGCAUUACCACAACCCGCAACUGGACCCGGACGCGCCCCGGAAGUUCCGAUUCCCGCGCCCCUUUCACAAUCAUGCAUCAGUGGCCCCCAUCAUCGCCCUCCCGAAUUGUGCUAUAUUAUAUUAUAUGUCGGAGCGUCGCGCCGAGCCGCACGCACCGUCUGUUUUCGAGAACUGCCUAUUUUUACCUGUAUAUUUUCCGGCGGGCUGGCCGCCUGGCGAAAUCUAAUAAUCAGACCUUUUCCGGACGCGGACUGAUGCAUCGGCCAGUCGCCCCGCCUUGGCCCCGGGCGCCUUCCUUUGUGGUUAUCCAGAAGACCCGGCCAUCCUGCCUUUUCGGACGCGGCGCCCGGCGUUUCCUGCC